AUGUAUAUUUCAUUUUAUAUUACCGACUCAAGAAAUGGAUUAAUUUUCCAAUACUUACCAAGUACAGAUGCACCAUCUUUUACUAACCUUUGGACAAGAAUUAAGUCCACGUGUCCCCAGUUAACUAAAAUACAAUCCAAUGACCCUUUAUAUCGCAAUAGCAAUAAUAGUAGUAAUAACGAUGGUGACGACAACGAUUACACUAUAUGCUCUCCCACGAACAAAUCUGCAACACACGGUUUAGUUGGGAAAGAUUUAGAGGUAUUUAAAUAUUUCUCUAGAGUUAACAAUAUAUACUAUUGGAGUUUGAGAUCGUUGAAUUCAGAUUCUGUUGCCUCACAGGAGCUCAAUAUAGAGCCGCAUGUUAUAAUGGCAGAGAUCGAUCGGAUGCUAUUGGAUUAUUUCGAUAAAGAUAAAAUGACAAUCAAGAAGAUAGUGAAUAAUUAUGAUCAGAUAACGUUAAUCUUUAAUUGUUGUAUUAAUGGUGGGGAACCGAUGACAGGUGGGAUGUAUAUGAAUAGAGUUAAAAAUAUUGUUCCAAUGAAAUCAGAUUUUUCCAAAGUGAUUAAUUCGACUGCAUACACUAUACAGAAUGUCGUUGCUAAACAUCAAUAUCCAAUUAAUAGUUUUAUGGAACACACUGAAGAUAGGAUGUUCCGUUCAAACAGCAAACAGUUAAAUAGAUUGAAUACAGGUGUUGAGGUUGUUCCAUGGAGAAGUAAUAAGUCGUUGAACAAUAGUAAUCGUACCAGUUAUAAUAGUAAUAGUGGCAGUAGCAAUAGUAAUAUAGGAAUGAGUAAUUUCGCUAAUAAUGACAAUAGAAAUGAAUUAUAUUUAGAUAUUAAAGAGACGAUGUGUCUUGUGAUGGAAAGGUCGAUGAAUAAGAAGAGAAGGAGUAGAGACAGCAGACAGUUUAAGACAGUUAACGGUAGAAUUACAGGCAUCGUUGAUUGUAGAAGUUAUUUAAUUGGAGAGGCACCGUUGGUUACAAUUGAUCUAAAUAACCAUGGAUAUGACUUAGGUUUCCCCUCUUUACAUCGAUGUGUUGAACUUGACCAAUUUGAUAGUCAGAAUACGAAUAUAUCUUUUAUACCACCAAAUGGUAAGUUUCAAUUAAUGGAAUACAAUUUAGAUAUACAGAAAGAAAGAUAUGGUAUUAUUAGUUUAGAUUAUUCCAAUAAUCUUGGUAUAGAAGAAGAUGAGUUUGAAGUUACUAUUAAUAUCGGUUCGUCAAGAAGGAUAUCAGAGAUACAUGAUUUAUGCAUUGAAUUACAAUUCAAAGCAAAUGACAAUACAACAAAUAUGUAUGAAGAAGCUUAUCCUAUAAAGAUUAGAAUAUUACGUAGUACCCAUGGAAGAUUUAGUCAAAUAGUUAGUCAAAAUAGAGGGAUCUGGGAAUUUGAUCCAAAGAUCAGUACUGGAACAAUAGCUAUUUUAAGAGGUUGUAUUGAGAAUCAAAAUGAAGAAGAUACAGAUAAAAAUAGAAAUAACAAUAACAAUAACAAUAACAAUAACAAUAACAAUAAUAAUAAUGAUGAUGGUGAUGGUGAUGGUAAUGAUAGUAGUAUCAGUAAUUGUAAAAAAGUUAAGAAAAUCAAAUCAAAAUACACAUUAAAUCGUGUUAUAUUGAGAUACAGACAUGAAGGUGAAUCACUAAGUGGUAUUACAGUGAAUAGAAUAAAAGUUGAAAAUCAACUGUCCUCAAGUAAUGGUGUUCAUUCCAAUAAUAAAGUUCCAACACCAUUCAAGGGUGUCAAAUAUCUAAGUUAUGUUAAAAAUAUAGAGAUGAGAACAUGCUAG